CCCUCCCCUCUAAUAUAGCCGGAGGAGAGGGGGGGCGUGCGCGUCUCGUUUCUCCGCGUGACUGUCUCGCGCUCAGGUGCGGGUCUCGCGCGCCCUCCCCCAGUUCAAGCCUCGGGCGCAGGAUGGGUGGCGCGGCCGCCUCGGUGCGGCCUCUGUGGCUGCUCUGGGUCCUCCUCGGCCUCAGCGCCGGUGCCCACAGGGCGCGAAAGCCCAACGUAGUGCUGAUCCUGACCGACGACCAGGAUGCCUGUCUCGGUGGGAUGACACCAUUGAAAAAGACCAAUGCCCUCAUAGCAGAGAUGGGAAUAAGCUUCUCCAGUGCUUAUGUACCCAGUGCAUUGUGCUGUCCAAGUAGAGCCAGCAUCUUAACAGGAAAAUAUCCUCAUAAUCACCAUGUUGUUAAUAACACUUUGGAGGGAAAUUGCAGCAGCAAAUCCUGGCAGAAGAUUCAGGAACCAUAUACCUUCCCGGCUAUUCUCAAGUCUAUGUGUGGCUAUCAGACUUUCUUUGCUGGGAAAUACUUGAAUGAGUACGGAGCAGAAGAUGCUGGGGGAAUUGGCCAUGUUCCUCCUGGAUGGAGUUUUUGGUAUGCACUAGAAAAAAAUUCGAAGUACUACAAUUACACACUUUCAGUAAAUGGAAAAGCACGGAAGCAUGGUGAAAAUUACAGUGUCGAUUACCUGACUGAUGUACUGGCCAACAUGUCCCUGGAUUUUCUGGAAUAUAAAUCCAACUUUGAGCCAUUCUUCAUGAUGAUAGCAACUCCAGCACCACACUCACCUUGGGUAGCUGCUCCUCAAUACAAGAAGAGCUUCCAGAAUGUCAGUGCUCCAAGAAACAGUAAUUUCAAUAUUCAUGGAAAGGACAAGCAUUGGCUCAUCAGGCAAGCAAAGACUCCAAUGACUAAUUCAUCAAUACAAUUCCUAGAUGAUGCUUUUAGGAAAAGGUGGCAGACUCUACUAUCAGUGGAUGAUAUGAUAGAAAAACUUGUGAAGAGGCUGGAAUUCCAUGGGGAACUGGAUAAUACAUACAUCUUUUAUACAUCAGACAAUGGCUUUCAUACAGGUCAGUUUUCUUUGCCUAUUGACAAACGUCAACUCUAUGAGUUUGACAUUAAAGUGCCCUUGUUGGUUCGAGGACCAGGAAUCAAACCCAACCAGACAAAUAAGAUGCUUGUGGCAAAUAUUGACUUAGGUCCUACUAUUUUAGAUAUUGCAGGCUAUGACCUAAAUAAAACACAAAUGGAUGGGAUGUCACUUUUACCACUUCUUAGAGGAGAUGCAAAUGUGACCUGGAGAUCAGAUGUUUUGGUUGAAUAUCAAGGAGAAGGGCAUAACAGCAGCGAUCCUACCUGUCCUGCCCUCGGGCCUGGCGUCACUCAUUGUUUUCCAGAUUGUGUUUGUGAAGAUGCUUACAACAAUACAUAUGCUUGUGUAAGGACACUCUCAGCUUUGUGGGAUCUACAGUACUGUGAAUUUGAUGAUCGGGAGGUAUUUGUUGAAGUUUACAACUUGACUGCUGAUCCACACCAACUAAACAAUAUUGCAAAAACAAUAGAUCAAGAAAUCUUAGAAAAAAUGAAUUAUCGACUAAUGAUGUUGCAGUCCUGUUCUGGAUCAACUUGCCGCACACCAGGAGUCUUUGACCCAGGGUACAGGUUCAAUCCACAUCUGAUGUUCAGCAAUCACGGAACUCCACCUCGCAGACUUUUCACGCGUUCCUUGUAGCUGCAUCCACUAUCCUGUUUUGUUCAUUUUCUCAAAGCCACUGCAGCAGAUCCGCCUCAUUCAUUUGGACCACACUUUAAAAGACGCUGUCAGCUGGCUUGGGAGGAAACUUCCACCUGGUUACCAUGCGCAAUACAUGUAUAUUGCAGACGUGGUCAGUCUAAUCUACUCAGCUCUAUGAUAUCCAUUUUUAAAAGGCUGUUACUAUAUUAACUCAAUGAGUCUCAUUCAUUGUUGUUUGGUAUAAAUGAGGUUGUUAACUGCUUAAAAACUUAAUAUAUGGGAAGAACUGGAUAGGGGUAGGAGUAAGUUGUGCUGCAUCUGUUUCAGAGCCAGAGGCCAGAGCCACUGCUCAGUAAGCUUUUUAAGUGAGUGUGGUUCUCGGAUGUGUUUCUACUUUGAGUCUAAUAUAAUCAAGUUAACCAGGCAGGCUGCCAUCCAUCAUCUUCUCAGCUCUCCAGUCUGGUGUUGUGGAUCAGAAUUUGUUUGCCUUAUGUUGUCUUCAUGUUAUCAUCAAUUCAGUUUUCUGAACUUUGUUAUCCACUGAAUGGACACUGUUCCCAAAGGCUCCUCAGCAUCCAACAUUUUCUGUUUUGUAUGGUAACAAAUGAGUUACGUGAAUCUAGGCUAAUUCAAUUAUGUAAUUCUCAAGAUUUGUAUCUAACAUUCUAAUUUAGCAAUGUAUAACAGAAAAUGAGGUUUGAGUCUUCUCUUCCCAGAAAGUUGUUUUGGGAUCAAAAGUUAAUUAGGUUUAGCCCACGCUAAGAGCCCUUUAUGCUAAAGGAUUGCAAGUUGUAUCUCUUUAGUGCUCAAGCUUGAUGCUUGGGACAGCAGUAAUUGCUGGUCAUUUUUAAUUCAUAUCCACUUGGUGAUGUGAAGUACAGUUUCAGCACUUUUUCAGAAUUGAGAAGCUAGUAAUAUUUUAAUGCAUUAUCCUAUAAUUGUCCUUAAAGGUAAUAGAUUAAUGGUUAAGCAUAUGUGUAGCUAAUAGGUACGUCUUCUAGAAUGAAGAAUUUAUGUCGUAUUUCAUUCAGGAUGGUAUGCAAACACCAGUAGAAGCUGCUUUCGAUGUGGUAACCUUUUGUUAAACUGACAGCAGAGAUUGAGGGGCAACAGGUAUUCCCUGAGAUUACAGUAGGACAUCUGGGAUAUGUGGUAUGUACAUUGCAUCAAGUGCAAAUGUAUCAAGAAACUGCCUUUUGAAAGGAGAGAUUGGUAAAUUAUGGAAAAGAAAAAUGCCUUCUUUGGAACCCUUGUAUGCCAUGUGCAGCAGAUUUUAGUUUGUACUUGGACAUCAUGAGAAGAAUCCUUCAGCAUCAAAGUAGUCCCACAAUUGAUUUUUCAGUUAAUCUGAUAAAAAUUGAGAUUUCAGGAUGUAUUUUGUAGAUAACAUGAAAGCUAGUCGAUGAGUAACAGUAAAUUGCAUGUUUCUCAUAUGAAACAGCUGCUAAUAAGCAAAGAUUAACUUAUUAAAGAAAUUGGUCAUUUGAUGAGCUCCUUUGAUUUAUUUUUUUAAGGAAACACAUGUAUACUAACAAUACUGUUCUAAGCAGGAACUUUCAUCUUGCUAAUCAAAAUACAUUAGGUGUGACCUUUGAAAAUGGGAGCAGAUAGUGGAUAGCUUAAAGUCAUUUAAGUGUCCAGCUACACUUAACUACAACUUUCAACUGGCAUUAUAGUGUUGUGCAUGGUAAUGUAAUAGCAGUUGAUCAUGUUCCCCCACUCUCAGUUGUCCAUCUUUUCCUGCUGUUUUUAAUGAUCUUGUUCUCUAAAUGAGAAAUUAAUCACCUCACAGUAACAUAGCCACUAAUAUUUGUCUUGUGUUUUAUUUGCUGUUUACUGCUUGAUAUGGAUAGGUAUUCUAUCUCAACCUUCGGUUAGGUGUACAGUAGGCCAAAAUGAACUGCAGUAUAUUUUAGCGGCCUUCUUAGUGACUCAGCCACUAACAAAUAACUUGAACACAUAUAUUACAUGGUUUAUGUGUAGUACUGAACUUACCAUUUUAUUGCAUAUUUGUUAGAGCAAAGCUAUAGUGCUACAUGGGCUAGGUUUCUUGGCAUGGAUGCUAACUGCUGAGUCAAUAUAACCCCCCCAAAACAGGGUGUAGAUACAUAUUUACAUAUUUAACCUAACUCCAUUCAGUAAAAAAUCCUGAGCCCCUAAAAGCUGCCUCCUCUCUCAUCUCUUGCACAUGUACCAUGCACUACUCUAACCCUCUUUGGAAAUGGUGAUUGACAUCAUCUGUUGCCUAUUUAGAUAAUCAAGUUGGGGUUUGGCUCUUGCCUGCUUGCACUUUAAGGACCCAUUUAACUGCUGGAUGCUAAGAAAGGCCUUAAAGAAUAUUAGUCUUACAUAAAGAGUGGCUUUAAAUCACUUGAGCAUUAAACUGGUAUGGCAACAAACUAAGUAAUGGUCGAGUCUGUCUAGAAAACUGACACAGAAGCAACUCUUACCCAUGAGAAAUAGCUGCUCUAUAUCAUGAGCAAGUAGCCCUGCAGUAACUCAGCAAUUCAGUAAUUAUGCUGCAUAACUCUUACAGAAAGCACUACAGAGCAGCAGAACAAAUAAGUAUUAAUUAGAAAGUUUAUCUUUGCCAUAAUUGACAGCUCUUAAAGUUUAAGUAGUACUUUCUCAUGUAUAGCAUGCCACUCUUAAGAUUUAUUCUAAAAACUAUUCAAAAAGUACCAGAUGGUUUCAAAGGUGUAUUAUUUUGGUAAUGCACUAUAGAAUAAACAAGCUUUGUACCUCUCUGAUUUGUACCUCUUUCUGUGCUUGCAGCAGUCUUCUUCAGCACUUUCCCCCCUUCAGGACAAAGGCUAGUACAAGUCUGUAAUGCUGUGUGAAGCCAUGAAAUCAGAUGUUCUGUUUUAAGGCCCUUAUAUUCCUCCUGUGUUCCCUUAAUGAAGAAUGACACUGUACAUAUCAACCUUCUUGUUCAUGAUUCAUAGAAUUGUUUAGAAAGUGCCCUUUGAAGGACCCUGUAUAUUGCUGCACUUUUCAGUAAAUAAGUAUCUCAGUAAAGUUUCUGUACAAAACAAAUUGUGAACUAAAAUUAAAGACAAAUUGUUUAGCAAUUUAUGUCA